UGUGGGUGCAGUUUCGCGUAGGUUGAAAAUUAAGAGAAAAGGAAAAAUAAAUUAACCGUGCGAGCGCGAUGAUGUCAUUGCCCCGACAGGUUAUGAGCAGUGCGCGCCGAGGAUGUCAAGAUGGCUGCCACGUACAUCUGAUCGGAGGUGUGUGCGCUCGGGAAAUUUGACGCCGAACUGUGAUAAAAGGGGCUGUCUUUUUCGAGUUGCUGACAUGGUGACAGUGCGAAGUUAGUCGGUCUGUAUCCAUGAGCACCACUUUAUACACCCUCGAUGAUAGUUUUUGUCGUCGCGGCCGCCGGCGGCUCGCAUUGAACCAUGUUCAGCAAAAAACUUCAUGUAGACGUCAAAAAGUCAACACUGAAGAUUCAGGAUGUUAAAAAGGAUAGCGCGACUCGGUUCAAGCAUCUUAAAAUUGUACUAGAAAAUGUGGAUACUGAUGAAGCAAAGGGGUUUUUUGAAGGCAACUUCAGUCAUGUCUAUUUUAUUCUAUAUGAUUGUUUUGUAUCAGCUGAAACAAAUCUGCGACAACGAGAACUUUCCUUCCACAUUGUGCAUAAAGCACAUAGAGAGGAAUUGGAACAGGUGUUGCAACUCUUGGAAAAAGUCUUAACACUUCUCCCUGAGCUUCUUAAUAGAAGAUGGCAAUGUCAUAGUCUAGCAAGGAUUUUACAAAAGCUUUUACAUCCUGGUAAUAGUUGGAAACUCAGAAGAGAAGCUAUAAGAUACUUUAUUUUGUGGUACCAAGCACUUGGUGAAAAUGCUCCUGAUCACAUUCACCAAAUGUUUGCAAGCUUGAUACCAGGGUUUCCACCGCAACAGCCAUCUCCUUAUAAGUCUGAACGUAAGAUAGAUGGAAAGAAAGAUAAACUUGUAAAAGUUAUUGGUUGUGAUGAUAAAGAUAAGAAGGAAUUUUAUGAUACACAAUUGUCACAAAGUACUUUUCAUGAUAAUGGUUCAAACCAGUGUCCUGUCACUCCUGUUGACAGUGGACCUAUUUUACCCCCACAAAGUGGGGAAAAGCCUCUUGAUAAUGAGACUGUUCGAUUUUUAGAAGCAUUACUUGAAUUUAUGGUUACUCAGGUUGUAAAGAUAGAAUGGAGAGAUAAAUCUUCAAGACAGCACAAGACUUUUCAAUUUUUAUUAGAACGUUUUAAAACUACGUAUCUUCGUCAUAUUUGUCCUGAGUUUGAUGAAAAUUUUUCGUUGUACAAGCCGAAUUUGGAGUUGCCUACGAUGCGAAAACCAACGAAUCAGAGUCAAGAUAAUUAUGUAUUGUGUAAAGUUGCUUUGAUUAAGUGGAUCGCUAGUUUUACCCAUAUCGCUAGAAAAGAUGCUCGUGUCGCACAUCUUUCGCAUAGCACAACUCCAAAUGAAGAAAAUACGGAACCAGAGCUUCGUCGAGUUUCCGUUACACAAAAUAGUGCUGACUCAACUUUAUUAUCUCCCGAAUCAACUGUGUCUCAACAAGAGAAUCAAAAUCAGGAAGAUAGUAGUGUUUCAGCAGUUACUCUUGUUAGGGAUGUUCUAUAUGGAAACAGGGAUAACGUGAAUUUCGUACACGAGCUAUACAGACAAGCAUUUUUGUUAGACUUUAAUCAUGCUGGUGCUAUAAGAAAAGCUAUAGCUGUUUAUAAAGAUUGGAUCCAAAUGAAUGAAUUACCACCAUUCAUGUUAGAACCAUUGGAUAGUCAUAAGGAAAGGGAUUUCGAAGAAAAUCCGAGAAAAGAUCUAAGUGAUAUCGAUAAAAGUCCUUCGGAAAGUUAUCGUCAAACAAGAUUGAGAAAUGAUUCUUACCUCGGUGCUAUACACAGAGAAAAUUUAUUUAUAAGAGCGGGGCUACAAAAUGUUUUGCAAGUGUUCAUUACACAAGCUUCCAACGUCUUCUUCUUAGAGAAUUCUGGACCGAAUGCAUCUCUAUCAUUACUGGAAGAACAGACCGAUAGUUGCAAAAGAGUUUUGAACGUAUAUCGAUAUGUUGUAAUGAAUUCUCGAUUAGAACCGGGUACUUGGGAACAGUUGCUUAGAGUAUUACUACAAAUAACAUCACUUGUUUUAAAUGAAAAAUCUUCUCGGCGCAAGAUUCAAGAAAGCAUUGGCGGUAAACUUGCCCCUGCCAUAUUUCAGACUUUAAUAGUUACAUGGAUUAAAGCUAAUUUAAAUGUUGUUAUUUCUACACAAUUAUGGGAUCAGUUCCUGGAAGUGUUGACAUCUUUAACACAGUGGGAAGAGUUAAUUCGAGAAUGGGCGAAAACAUUGGAUACUUUAACAAGGGUGCUUGCCAGGCAUGUGUAUAAUUUGGAUUUAAAUGAUUUGCCAUUAGAUAGAUUGAGUGAACAAAAAACUAAAAAGCGUCGUGGUGUUGGAAGCCGGGCUGCUUCAACCGGAAGUGUUCAACCACCACGCAAAGGAAGUGUCGAUCAAGAUAAUAAUACCGUAUCUAAAGAAAAUGUUUCAGACCACCCGAUGCGAGACUUAAGGAAGGUACGACCACUUCCUCGUAGUGCAAGCGAUAACACGAUAUACAAUGGAAAAGCACGUACAAAACUUCAUAGAAAUCGCACACAUACUGUACACAGUGGUAUUCCUGUACUCCCCCUAUCGAUAGAGCAAGAUAUGGCACGACUACUGUCAAACGGUACUACUUCGUCGUCGACAACUGGUCGGAAAAUGUUACCGAACAGGCGUGCUAAAUCUUUGGAUAGCAUUGUAAUAGUCGAUAGCGAACCACCAUCACCACGUUGUCCUUCUCCAACACCGAGCAGCGGAGUCGACAGUAACAAAGACAGUCCGAUACAGAUAGAAAACAUUGACGGCAGUAGUAUCGAUACGAAUGAUGCAUCAGAAAGGAGAUCUGUUAUGGCAGGUGGUGGAGUUCGCGGAUGGUUACCCGAUGUUGCGGUCGUAUUAUGGCGUCGUAUGCUAUCAGCAUUAGGGGAUGUAAAUAAUAUUCAAGACCCUACCCUUCAUGGACAAGUUAUGGAUUACCUUGUUCAGCUUACACAAACACUUCUGAAAAUUCGCUUGAAUCAAGGUGUGUCUGGUGACAACCAGGCAACUCCUCCAGCUCCAGAACUUAUACCUCCACUUACAGUCAUUGCUCCAUGGUGUUUCAAGGCAAUACAACUUCCUAGUCAAUAUGAAGUUGGCAAAUUGGCAGCAUACCGUUUGAUCUGUCUUCUAACAGUUCAACCACAAGAUAUUAAUUUGCCAAAACAGCACUUAACUCUUUUUUAUCGUGCGGUUCAUAGCGGUAUCGUUAGUAAUGAUAACAAAGUGUUACAUGUAUUGGUCAAGUAUACCGGUCCUAGGUUGUUCAGUUUGAAUCUUCCUGGAUCUAGUCUUUUAAUCUUGGAUUAUAUUCAUGCUGCUAAUGUAAUAUUGAGCAAUCAGGAUAUUCAGGCACCAAGAACUGAGGCUGUUUCGAUUAUCGGAUCGUUACUAUCUUUACCAGCUACUACAGUUAAAUUACCUGUAUUGCAACCUACUGCAAACGAUAUCGUAACCAUGACAUGUCCAGAUGCAAAGGAACAUAUAAUUAUGAUACUUUUAAGAAGUUGUAGACGCGAACCAACCGGCAUUGCAAGAUGCGUAGCUGUUUCCAGCAUUGCUAUGUUUGUAUACAGAGAAUUGUGCUACAAAAAUCAACAUCCACGAAUCCCAGAAGCUGUUACGGUUCUUCUUUUAGCACUUAAACAGAUGCAGGGAGCAGAACGUCGCAGAGCUGGUAUCUGUUAUCCACUAAUGGAUCAGGCCACUCAUGCUACUGUUGCUCAAGUGGCAUGUGAUUCUCUUUUGUUGUUAUGUGAUAAAGCAGAUAUUCUGCUAGAGCUGUAUCCAAAUGUGCCAUGUAAAAUAAUUCAAAUUUUAUCGGAAACACUUGGAUAUAUGAGCACUCGAGAAAGACGCGGUCCUUUGACGAUAUCAAUGUUAUUCUGUUUGGGCGAAUGGGCUAUGCACCUUGGUCCUUCCGUUCUGUUACGCGUUUUUCAAGGAAAACCUCUGUUAAUGACUUUAUUUACGGUUUUGGAUAACAUAGUACAAGAUACAAUCGAUAAAGAUGUAUCACAAACAAAUAAAAGUCAUGAGGAUGAAGAUGAUGAUUUUGAUCCUGAUAUUACUUUAGAUAACUUAGCUGACGAUAUUUGCGCAAAAUCACCCCGUCGAGGCAAUACUCAGUCCGUUCAGUUAGCAGCAAAGAUGGUAAUGAUGCAUUUAAUAAAUCAUUUGGGACAUUUUCCAAUGGGUAUUGGAGCUGCACGUUUAUCUUCGUUAGUUGUCGAACUAGAUGAUGUACCAGGAAUCGAUGGGGAUGAGCUAUCUUCUGCAAUUUUUCAUGCGCCAAAUAUACAACUGUUGAUGUUGUCAAAUUCCGUAAUAAUGUCUCUUGUUGAACUGGCAGCAUUAGAUGCACCCGGCGGAGGUGUUACAGCUGGAUUAACAACAGCACCAUCAUUAGUCAGGGUAUUAUUGCGAGAUUUAGCAGGGAAAGCAUCCUGGGAUAGCUCUAUUUUAUACAGUCAACCGUGUGUUGAAGACGAUGUGCCGAUUGCAUUUACAAAACAUGUUGAAUGGAAAGCAAAAGUACAUGGAGACGAUUUGAGCAGUGUUAUAACAUCUCAAACAUGUACACCUCGACAUACGAUAAGACAUCGUGAGCCACAUAUAUUGCCUACAUUUGCAAAUGCCGCGAGUGAUAUGGACAAUUUAGAUGAUCUCUUACAAUACAUAGGACAUACAAGUCCGGAAGUAUUAACUAAUCCAGAAAUUGCACUUAAUGCGCCUGCUAAUCCACCACAAGGUCAAUAUCUUGAGAGUGAAACCAUUGCCACAAUUCUCAACCAGAGAAACGCUGAGCAAGAGCAUAUCAAUAAUUGGAGUCAGCACAUUAGCAUGUGUGCGUCAGCAAUAAGCCCACCAUCGUGUCGUCCACCUCCAGCACCGUUUCAUCACUGCCGUCUUUUGUUUUCGCACUUGGGUUUAUCCGGUUGGGAACAACGUAGAAAAUUGCAUUUAUUAUCCAAAAACGAAAAACUUUUACGCGAAUUACGAAAUCUCGAUAGUCAACGAUCUAGAGAAACGCAUAAAAUAGCCGUAAUUUAUGUCAGCCAGGGACAAGAAGACAAAAACUCCAUAUUAAGUAAUGUCACUGCUAGCAAAGAAUAUGAAAGCUUUAUUGCUAGAUUGGCUUGGGAGGUCGAACUUGAAUCACAUACAGGCUUUCUUGGAGGCCUUGUACCUGGAAAAGCAUCUGGUGUUACAGCACCUUAUUUUGCAACAUCUUUCACUGAAAUCCUUUUUCAUGUAGCAACAAGAAUGCCUUCUGAUAGUCCCGAAAGUUUGUUGCAAAAAACACGGCAUCUCGGUAACGAUGAGAUUCACAUAGUUUGGUCAGAACAUUGGAGAGAUUAUCGUCGGGAUAUUAUACCAACUGAAUUUUGUGAUGUUUUAAUAGUAAUUUAUCCGUUACAUAAUAAAUUAUAUAGAAUCCAAAUUUCUCGAAAACCAGAAAUUCCGUUUUUUGGACCCCUGUUUGAUGAGUGUAUCGUUGAAGAUAAAGUUUUACCUGGGUUAGUGAGAACAACAGCAUUGGCGGCAAGUAGGGCGAAACGAUCAACCCUUACAUUAUAUCAACAUUAUUAUGAAGAGAGAGCGAGGUCUAUCGAUACUGUUAUGAGGAAUCACAAGGAAGCUACUACAUUUGAAGAAUUUACAGCCAAUGUAUAUUCACCCGUACAGCCGCCAAGUCCGUUUAGUGGGACUUCUUCAGUAUCUGGAUCUACAACAAGCGUGCAAUCCACAGCAUCGUCAAACCUCGCAGCAGCGCUUAUAGAUUCACAUCAGGGCCGAUCGGGACUGCGAAGUUCUUCGGCAGCGAGCAGUGAUAACCGCGCGAAUAGAGUUUCUGAUGGAAGCAGGGUAUGGUUUAGUAAUGAUACUCCAGAAAGCACAGCACUUCAUGGAAUAUCUCCCAGACCCGUAAAAAAGAUGUCGUUCAAAACUGGACCGAAACAGAGAGCAAACACUCAACCCACGCCUCCAGAUAGUCCAAGAUAUAAAUAAGAAGUUUUGUACUAAUACCAUAAAGAAAAAAACAUUUUUUGCACAAAUGGUUGUUUGGGCAUAUCCUAGAUAUUAUUAUCUAAAAGAAUUCUUUAAGAUGCUAUAUGUUACAAUAACAUAAAAUAACUAGCCCACAAUUUCUGUGCAUUGAAAGGUAGUAGAUGCAUAAGCGAUGUAAUGGUAGAUUCAAUGAUCCACCAUCUUUAAAAUGAAGAAAGAACAAUUUUUAAACAGUGGGCGUCAAACAUCCGAUUAGUCUUAGCGUUUUCUGUUUUCCGUCCUUAGGUUUAAUUUUUAUAUUAAAUGUACAGAUCGUUGUUUAUUUGUUGCAACGUGAAUAUUAAUUUAUUGGGACGUAAAUAUAUGAGAAGAUUUAACGGAUUAUAGGUAAUACAAUAGUAACUAAAUAUUUGUUAUAUACACUAGAGUCACAUGACAGCUAUUUUCAUUGUACAGUACUUUCUUAAGAUCAGUUUAUCCUUGUACUUGAAUAGGUAAGCUUAAAUAAUUAAUAUCGAUUAAAGCUUCUAUCUUAAUUUAUUUCAAAGAUAACGAGCUCCUCGAUGUUAUAUAUAUAUAUAUACAUGCCUUCAUAAAAAGAAUUAUUUUAUUUCUUGUAAUGUAAUGAGGUGAUAAAAGGACGAACAUGAUUACCAUAAUCACAGGACGCGUCUAUAUGAGUGUUGAAAUAAGAAUCAAAUGUUAUUUUUUAACAACAAAGUUUUACUAAUCAAUGUCAUGUCUCUUAGAUACUGUAAUAAGUUAUAACUUCAUUUGUUUGAUGUUGGUCCGAUCUCGGCUUGCAUUGUCGAAGGACAAUAAUUUAAUGGAGUCUUUUAAAAAAUCUGUUCAUAUGUUACAUUCCAUACAAACAAUCGUUUCUAUAUGCUAUUCAUUGUCCAUAAUUUGAGUGAAAUUUUCAAUAUGUCUCCAUGGAUGGUUAAAGCAUUCCACAUACGUUUUGUGUAAUCAAAUUUGACAACCAGAGCUCUUCUUGUAACACAUCAAACACACAAGAGAAUUGUUUAAGAUGAAUGAAACGUAGAAUGAAAAUUCACAUGAAGAAUAGUUUUUGUUGUCAUACCAUAGGUACACAUACUUGGUGCUUUACAAUACGUAAAAUAGAAGUAUUUUAAAUACUGUGUCAAAACGUGUUAUUUCUGAGUAACAAUAAUAAAACUGAAACAAUAUUUGAAAAGAUAAAACAGAAGAGAAUUGAAGUGAAAUGAAAUUGAGAAAAGUAUUGCAAGUAUACAGAGCAAAAACAGAAUGUGAAUUUGUUUGCUUCAGAAAGAAUUCAUCUUGUACACAGUGAUAAUAAUCAAAGUAUUAAUACCAUUCGUCGCAAUUGAAUAUAUAAACGGAAUUUUAGAAGAGAAAUUAUAUUGUAUUGUGGUGAAUAUAUUCAAUAUGGUAUUCAGGUGUUGAGAUUGUAAUAAAUAUACAUUUCGAGUUUUUUGACCAUUUUGAGGAUUAUCAGAAGAAUCGCAUUCGAAUGUGUAGGUAUUUAGCAACGAAGUUGUAGGUAAAUAAUAAUUACCGAUACGCAGACCAUGGCCAAAGCAGCAUUAUUUUUUCACUAAUUUAUAACGAAGUAGAUUGAGAGAAGAAAAGCAGUGUGUAUAUGUAUUGUACAUAAAUUGUUAAGUACGUGAAUGACGUUGGAGUCAUUGAACGGGAAAAUUAUUCUCUGCGAAACAUUGUAUCGCUAUAUUAUUGAACGAAAAAGAAUGAAAAAUAUUGGUCUAUAUAUAUGUGCGUAUUAUACAUAUAUAUAUAUAUAUACAUACAAAGAAGAGGGAAAAAAUGAACUUAUUACAGUCUUGCGUAAGAAUGCUUUUACAAAUCGUAUUUAAACAUUGUACUUAAUUAACUAUCUUUAUUAGUAUCAUUAUAACAAUCGCUCGCUAUUAUUUAUGUUAUAAAUAUACAAAUUGCUGUUAACAUUAUUAGCACAGCACCAAACUAUUUUUCUUACUGGAUAAUUACGCUUGUAACAUUUUCAGAAUUAAAUUUUAACAAUGAUAAGCUGUGAGAAACAUUGAAAAGAGUCAUUGAAACAUUUCCAUGAGAGAUAACAAUGCGAAUGGUUGUUCUGUUAGUAACAUUGAGAGCUUGAAUUUAUAUUACUAAAAACAAGUUAUUUUGAUCUUUCCAAUUUGUUUGUUACUUUUUCUUUUUACAAAUUGACAUGAUCAAAUCUGUCUAUGUGUAUAAAAAAAGAAAAAAAAAAUACUAAAAAACAUUUAAAGAUAUUUAAUUGUUUACGCAAGAUAAUCUGCAUUAUACCAAUUUUACCGCAUCUCUUUACUUGUAUGAGAGUGUCUUACACUUUAUUUUUCAACUAUUUAAAAAUGGAGGAUAUGUACAAAAGGUACGAGUUUACAAUUCGUCACUUCUAUAUCGAUGUAAAACAGAGUUAAUAUAUAUAUCUAUAUAUAUAUACAUACAAUUAUUAUUUUAUACAACAUUGAGAGGAAUACUAUAUGUUAACCUCUGAUUCAAACUUUUUGCCAAAAAAUAGAAUCGCGUAGAUACUUUCUUGUUCAUGUGAAUUAAACAGUGAAGGAAAAAAAAGAUUGCAAUUGUUUCGAAUCAUUAGUCUAAUGGGGGCAUCGUUGAGAUAUUUAUGGCAACUAGAAUUUUGUAGCGCCAUUUUGCGGCUCCUCGAGUAACGAAUAGAAUUUCUGAAAUUUUUCAUAAAAUUACGAUGCUGUACAAUCCUGUAUUAUGAAAUUGCAAUUCUGUAAGAACGUUUAUAGAAUUUGUAGCAAUAUAGAACAGGUAGUAAUUGAGUAGAAGAAAAAUGAAAUUAUGUAUUUGCAUUCAUAUGAACACGUUAGGCAAUCUUUUUUUUUCUCGUAGAAACGUCAUUCGGAAUUGACUUAAUGCGUUAUUCCCCUGUAACUGAAAUUCGUUAUCCAAAGAUUUCUCUGACAUCGUACUGAUUGUACACAUUUCUGCGAUGGAAUGUACAUUUUAUUGCACAAUAAAAUUAUGAUGAUUGAUUUCAA